ACGGACGAGGCGAAGCCGAGCCCUCAACUGCAUCAAGUCAUUUUUUUAAUCAGUUUGACACAAUUUUCUCACAGGCUCUUAAACACCUGAUAAGAAAGCGAUUAAUGUCUAGAAUUAAGAGCACAGUAAAGUUCACACACCAUUCACGACCUAUUAAAAUUAUGGAGCAACAUAAUAGACGGCUGCAAGAAUAGGAAUCGGAUUUUUCGCAAAAAAAAUCCCUUGAAAACCUUGAGAUGAGUGAAGGAGUUCUUUUCCAUAUAAAUACCCAACAUUGGGGAGGAGUUUCAGUACAGUUGCAACCACAGACCCUAACAUGGCUUUCCUCUUCGUCGCAGUUUUGGCCGUCGUCUUCAGCAUGGUGACCGGUGGGGUGGUUCCAGGGUAUCACGGCUACGGCCCCGUGCCCCACGACCCCCUCGAAGGCGUCGAUUAUUACGCCCAUCCGCGCUACUCGUACAAUUAUGGGGUGGCCGAUGGGUUGACCGGCGACCACAAGACCCAGCACGAGGUCAGAGACGGAGAUGUGGUCAAAGGGUCGUACUCGGUGGCCGAACCUGAUGGCACAAUUCGCGUGGUUCAUUACGCCGCCGAUGACCAUAAUGGGUUCAAUGCGGUGGUCACAAGGAUUGGGAAGGCGGUGCAUGCCGCCCCCGUGGUGGCGGCGGCGCACGGCUUCCUCGUCAAUUUUUUUUUCAAGAAAAACACAAUGAAGUUUUGGGUGGCGGCCAUUUUUAUACAUGGGGCAGUGGCGGCGGCGGUCGUCGGUCGAGGGCAACAUGCCGUCGAUUAUUACUCACACCCGAAAUACGCGUUCAAAUACGGUGUGUCAGACCCACACACUGGUGACCAGAAGGCGCAGACGGAAGUCCGCGACGGCGACGUCGUCAAAGGGCAGUACUCGCUGGUGGAGCCCGACGGCAGCAUCCGUACAGUGGACUACGUUGCCGACCCUGUGAACGGGUUCAACGCCGUGGUGUCGAAAAGCGCGCCAUCUUUGCAUCUCCCACCUGUUAAACACGUUCCCGCUAUCGUCAAACAGGUGGCGCCAGUGGUUAAGCCUAUUUACGCACAACCUGUCGUCAACGCCGUCUACACCUCGUCCAUAGGUUCGGCGUACAAGGGCCCGUUUUACGGCGACUAUGACGCUUAUGGUUACGCCAAUUACGACUUGGACGCUCUUUACGACAUUCCCCACCGCCACUACUAGCCAAAACGUAGAUUAAGUCGAGAUAUGAUAAUAUUUUUGUACAGUUUUAAAUGUAACAAAGUUUGAGAAUAAAACAAGGCCAGUUUUUGAGUA